AUGUUCCUACCUCUCCAAAUUGUCUCUCUUUGCCUUGCAGUACUGACUUUAGUUGGCUCAAGCUAUGGCAGUUGUACGCCUCAAUGCAAACUCGUUCAUGGCAGUCCGGCAUCGGUUGGAUUGCUGGCCAAACCAUUGCAUCAAGCUGUAGCCAACAUAACAGCAUACACCAAGCCUGCAAACUACUCGGACGCCAGCUACAACGAGAUACAUCCAGUCGAGCCAGGCUCAGCCAACAUCGUUGGGCAUUGCUCAACAAUCGUGGCCGAAUGGGCAGAUGGCAAACGUAACCUCUAUGCCGACGUCAACGGAACCCUACUGCCUCCAGGCCAGCAGGAAGACGCUACGAUCGAUACGAUCUACGACAUGGCCAGCUUGACCAAGCUCUUCACGACCGUUGCAGCCCUUCAGCAGAUCGAUGCCGGCACACUGGACCUUUAUGCUACUGUAGCAAGCUACCUUCCAAGGUUCGCCGUCCAUGCGAAAGAGAACAUUACUAUCCUGAUGCUGCUCACUCACACGAGCGGCUUUGAUGCGGAUCCGGAGCCUCCACUGUACUAUCCUGUCUACAAGACGUAUCAGCAACGCGUUAAUGCAAUACUUACCCAGAAGAUUCUCAACCCGCCGGGCUCGAAAUUCCUGUACUCCGAUUUGAACUUCAUGACACUCUUCCUUGUGCUCGAGAAGAUUACCGGGAAGAAGCUGGACGAGCUCGUAGCGGCCUACACCGAGCCGCUGGGCAUGAAGAGCACCUUCUUCAACCGCGGGAACCUCUACCCUCCGGAGUUCCCAAAGCAGUCGUACAACCGCAUGGCGACCCAAGAAUACCAGAUCGCCGUCCUCGGUCCUAAAGAACCCCAGCGCCCCCAGCCAGUCCGCGGUACCGUCCACGACGAGAAUGCCUAUUCCCUCAACUGCGUCUCAGGCCACGCAGGACUCUUCUCCACAGUCAGCGACACAGCCAUCUUCUGCCAGAUGAUUCUCAACAACGGCACAUACGAUGGCCGCAGAUACCUCAGCCAAGAAGCCGUAGACAUGAUCUUCCAUAACUACAACAAACGCUUCCAAGACGACAGUCAUGGCCUAGGUUUUGAGUUGAAUCAGUACUAUACUGCUGGACCGAUGGCUGGGAAGAGGACGGCGAGUCAUACAGGAUACACGGGGACGACGUUGGUGAUUGAUCGGCCGAGUAAUACGUUCUUCUUGCAUUUUGCGAAUCGCGUGCAUCCGAGUCGGGAGUGGUCGAGCAAUAAUAUUGUGAGGGAAGCGCUGGGAUAUUGGGUGGCGAAGAGUUUGGGACGAGAUGUGGAGUUUCCGGAAUCAUGA